AGUCGUUUCAUUUUUCGUUUACAUGAAAGAUGACUAAAGAGUAAAGACGGAGGAGGCUUUCCGAGUUUCUGGUAAUCGGUACGGUACCGUUGUCUUGAUUUGAAUUUGAAACGACGUUGAAGCGGAGAUCCAUACGUAGAAUCUGGAAAGAUGUCAGCCAUAGGUUGGGAGUACCACAAAUCGGGAAUGCUAUCCAAGGACCAACUGCUCCGCCUUUUUGAUCGAUUCGCUUUCCUUACCUCACAGUCUGACGUGAAGCAAAAGAUUGCGGAUGCUGUGAAGGACAAACAGGAAGCUGUUGCUGUUACAACUGCAAUCCAAGAGGAGAUAUUUUUGGAGAUGGGAAUUGAUCCAAGAUUUGGUCUUGCUUGCUUGGGAAAAGUAAACAUGGUGUAUGAAAAUGAUCAGGAUUUGAUGAUUCGCUUUUAUGGUUUUGUUGCAAAAGAAGAGAUGGCUUGUGAGGAAGCAGAGCUUGGUCCAAACGGAUUUGCUGAAAAAAUGCAUAUGCAACACAAUUUACAAGAGCAGCAAUUAGAGAUGCUGAAGUAUAUGCGCAACUUUCACUUGGAUGAUCAAUCUGCCAUCAUUGACAAGGUUCGCCUGAAGAUGGAGAUGGCCAAUUUUGACAGUGAGGCUUCAGUACUGUCAAUGGAAGAGAUGCAGGUUGUUGUUUCAAGCAAAGUGGCACCUCUGUUCUAGCCUAGAUAGCUCAGCUGAAAGUGCUGCUGUCUAUUGUAAGUUGUAACGAGAUCAUUGAGCUGUAUACUGGGGCCUUUGGAUAAGUGUUAAUAACUUAAUAUUGCACAAAAAGAGUUGCAUUUUAGAUAUAUUUGCUUUAGGGAGUUCAUGGGUCAAUAUUUACGGAGUAAUUAUUAGUGUGUUUCUACCAUUGCUCCAUGAUGUUCUAGGUGACAAUUAUUAAGGGAAAAUGACAUUGUUUCCUUGAAUUGUAUGUUUA